UCAUUCAACGACCGAACGAUCGACUUGACAGAUGAUGUGGCCCAACGUCUUGUGAAUAUUCUAAUAAUUUUAAUUUAAUAGAAUGCAAAAUGCUUAUAUUUAAAUUUAUUUCUGUUUCUUUAUUAAUAUCCAUGUACCAAUGCCGAGUACCAGACAAAGUUUAUUGUGUCAAUGAAAAAUGUUCAGACCCUAUAUCGAAAGCGAGGACGCUAUUGUCUUACACAAGUGCCGAUCCAGACCUUAUAUCUUUUCGUGGGAACGCCGAGGCCGUGGUGUACAUGAAAUCAGCUGGGUCUAACCCAGAUUUGUGGUAUGCUACUAUCAACGGGAAAACGGGCUUUGUAAACUCCCAGUUUCUAAGAGAACAUAAAGUAAUACAAAAAACUGCUCAACUGAGGGUAUUUCCUUUAGAAUAUAGGAGGAAUACUCAGCCUGAUCUACAGCCUAAUAAAGUGCAACAAGCACAUGAAGUUAUAGAAGGAACAACAAUUUUUACUACUGAAUCUGGGGAUGCAACUACCCAAGCGGAGAGUUUCACUGAGCCCCCUGCUCCUUCCAACAGUGAUAAUGUUACUCCAUCCCUUUCUGAUUCAGUGCAGGAAACUCCGAACAGUGAUAAAAUAGAAGAAAAUGUAGCUAGAGAAGAGUCCAAUGCUAGUGGUGAACUUAAUGAGAAUAUCCCCAGUAAUCUGCCAAGUGAACCUCAAGAAACAACACAGUUGCAAAAUGAUGAAAGUAGUGUUAGUUCAACUGAAGCUAGUGUACAAAAUCCUCCAGAAAAUGAAGUGCCUCAAGAAAGUAAUAGUGAGAAAGAACCACAGGAACCGCAGCCACCACAAGUGCCCAAUGAAGAACCAUCCCCUACUGAAGUUUCGGAGACUAUUGCCAAUGGUGAGGACUCCAGCAGUCAAAACGUAGAAGCAACUGAGAAACAAGAUGUCCAAGAAGAAAUUAAAUCUGGCAAUGAAAAUAUUGCAGAACAAAACACGCCAAACCCCACUGACACUGCCACAGAAAUCAAUCAACUUGCUCCGGAAACAACAACCGAGACUAAAACUGUGCCUGAAACAAGUGAGACUACAAUUAAUAAUGUGAUUGUUGCCAAUCCUGACCUCCCAGAAGUCAUUGAAACUAAAGAUGAAAAUAGUUUAUUUGGUAGUUUCUUCGGCCAAGAAAACACUGACAAUUUAAAUGGGGUCAGUUCCACACCUUCUCCUGUUGUAGAAGAAACUCCGUCUACAACGAAAACUGAUAAUGUAAACACUGUCCAGACCACACCUCCUCCGUUACAACAAGAAACUCCACCGAGCCCUGCGGUUAUACCACCUAGUUUUCCAGAUAUGGCCAACAAUAUCUACAAUUAUCCACCUAUUCUAGCUCCCCCUUCAGAAGUAAAUGAAAUACCAACUAACAAUAAUAAUAUUAAUAGUCAGUCAGCAAGUGUUCCAGAAAGCAGUGUGUAUACAUACACCACACAGUCACCAGUAGAAAAACCAAGCACUAAUAUUAUCAACAGUUAUACCACCAGUGAACCUGAUGUUUCUACUGAAAUUCCAUACAGUGAACCGGCUGUAAAUAUUGCCGACAACCCCUCACAAAGUCAGUCUUCAUCUGAACAUACUGAAGAGGCUUCUGAACCACCACCGCCUGAUUACAGCACAAUGUCUACUGAUGCUUUAAUCGAUGAUAUAUUUACUUCAACCACUGAAAGUCCAACACCUGCACAAGAAAAUGGGGAAGGCAUUUUAUCAAACAUUUACACAACUAUAUCAGACCUCUGGCCAAGUAGCACAGAGGCACCAGCCACAGAAAGUUUAUUUAAUACUGAAUACAGUUCUGUGAGUGAAAAGAAGGUUGAUGAAGGCUUUUCAUUCGUCAAUUUUAUAAUGAGCGGCAUAAUGGGAUCAAAACCUGAAUCACAUGCAGUUUUUAUGUCUGGAGGUGAGUCCUGCUUCUCCGAAGACUACUGCGAUGGCACGUCCAACACCGGCAACAGACUGCUUACGUUCCUUUUAACAACAGCUACUUCCGUGCUGCUCUUCACCCUAGGCUACUACUACAUAGACAACAAGAGGCAAGAUGGGAAACUCAUUGGCACCAUCAAUUCCCUGCAAAGGGAUUUACUUUUUACCAGUAAGGAGUGUGAGAUCCUUAAAGAGGAGCUUGCAACUACUAAAAGCAAGCUGGCCGGCAUCGAGGACAGUUCCUUCGGGAAGGACGACAUGGUGCAAUCUCUAAGGGAAGAGAUCGACGAGCUGAAGGCACAGAACGAGAGGCUGCGUAGAUCGUUGGACGACAACGAGAAACUGCUUAGAGUCUCCGAGAAUACGGCCGGCGAGCUGCAGAAUACCCUUGGGGAGGUCGAGAAUACUCUCAGUGAGCUCUUGGGUGAGAGAGCUAACUCUGAAGAGCAGAUUGCUGAAUUGAACGGUAAAGUGCAGGCCUUUGAAGAGGAGUUGAUUUCAGUCAGUAGAGAGAGAGAUAACUAUCAGCUCAAGUAUGUGUCGGCGGAGACAGCGCUAGAGGAAGCGAAGAAACAAAACGUUAAGCUGGAAGAACUAACACAAAAGUUAUCAGAGUCUAACAAUACGAUUGAAUUGCAAAAGCACGAAAUCACUGCUCUCAAAGAGGCAUUAAAAGACGUGAAAAAUGGACUUUCCCCAAAUAUGGACGUGUCGUCGCUAAUAGACCACACCGAAAUCAAAGCUAAACUAGCCAAAGCGUUGGAAGAGAAGCAGUCAUUUGAAAAGAAAUUUGAGGUGGAAUACAAAGAAAGGAAGCGGCUGAGUGACGAGCUAAGUGUAACUCAAGAAUCGCUCCAAACAACCAGCCAGCAGGCAACCGAGGCGUUGACGAGGCUGGAAGUGCUUGGGAAAUACUUCCAGGAAAGAGAAACUGAACUUAUGAAAGAGUUGAGCACCAAAGAAUCCCUUUGGCUAAGCAAGCAGGGUGAAUCUGCGAGCACCGUAGAGAAAAUUGAACUUCUACAGCAGGAGGUUCAAAGGCAUAAAGAAAAAUGCGAACGCUGCAUUCUUGGCAACACGAGAACAGCCAGUCGUUCCGCGCGUGCAACUUGAUCCAUCUGUUCGUAC